GACAAACCGCGCUGUCCACAGAAUGUUGUUCUACCUUUCUCUUCUAGCACUUACAGCAUUGCUGGUAAUGCUGUUGUACCGUUACCGCUCUACUCUUCCUUUUCCGCAGCGCUUGCGCUCCUUCCUCUCGCAUCCCUCUUCAAACAACUAUGCCCCUCUUUCAACUUUCGCAGACCAGGCUGCCGCAGGGAUGUCGAGCUCUACAUUUGACGUCGAGUCGGACAAUAUUAGGGAGGGGGAUACGAGGAUGGGGUUAGACGAACAGGGGACAAGAGAAAUCAUGGAGAUCAUGAGACGAGAAGGCGUGCAAUUCGACCAGGCGCGGCUCAUCCGUCACAAUCGAAUCCUUGCGCAGAAUGGCAUAGACCCAUCCGGCAUGCCGCUCGACGCGAAGGCUGUCACUCGGCUGUGAUCCCAUUCAUCAACCCAGGGGCACUGCCGUGUUCGCCCUAGCCCAUCGUGGCUCACUUUGGGCGUUAAUCUCGACGUUUUCAACGUCAUUCACACGUGUAUCAACGAUGCUCCCGCUAUCUAGUACCGAAAGUAUCCAUGUACAUGUUUUAUUGUCGGGGCUUGGUUGGCUUCUCUCGUCUGACCCAUCUUCCUGUCUGAUCGCUCAUUCAUCUUGCUUUGGACAUCCUGCACAUAUUUCCCUCAUCAGAUCUCACUGCUCCACUCAUCUCGCAAUCGUCUCUCCCUCACCUUGUCUCUCCGUCUCCUACUCGCUUUUUAGUCCCUUUAUAUCGCGUCAUGACUGGAUCAAUGUACAACUACUCUGGUAAAUCCCAUGAU